GAGUAGUAGUAAAAAAGAGCCUAGCUAGCAGCUAUUACAUGGUAAACAAGGAAGAAUCACAGCUUGACAGCAACUGCAACUCUGAAGCUUCCUGAAUUCCAACGUCUGUAAAUCUCUUCAUAGCAAGUUCCAGUAUUGGUUGCAAAUCAGAUCUCUUUUCAACUAAAUAAAAUAUAUAUUAAUCAUAUGGUAGGGUACCUUUUUGUUAAAGCAAGCCCAGAAUUCACGUGCAAGCUUGUUCUAAGGUGUAAUUCUGCUGUGUGAGGAUAAAGGGCGUUUUUGAGAUGGGUAGGUGGAACAAGUUUGGUUGGUUGUUGUCGAGUAUCGCAUUGCUGGGGUGGGUGGUGUUGGGAGUGAAAGGGUAUCCUGCUGAGGAUCUGGUUGUGAACCUGCCUGGUCAACCUCAAGUUGGGUUUAUGCAGUAUGCUGGGUAUGUUGAUGUGGAUGUAAAGGCUGGGAGGAGCUUGUUUUAUUACUUUGUUGAAGCUGAUAAGGACCCUGACAAGAAGCCCCUUACUCUUUGGCUCAAUGGAGGGCCAGGAUGUUCCUCCAUCGGUGGGGGUGCUUUUACAGAAUUGGGUCCAUUUUAUCCUACAGGUGAUGGCCGAGGUCUUCGAAGAAAUUCCAUGUCGUGGAAUAGAGCAUCAAAUCUCCUGUUUGUUGAGUCCCCUGCUGGCGUAGGGUGGUCAUACUCAAAUACUUCUUCAGAUUAUAUUUGCGGGGAUGCUUCCACUGCCAAGGAUAUGCAUAUCUUCAUGAUGAACUGGUAUGAGAAGUUCCCAGAAUUCAAGUCCAGAGAAUUGUUUCUUACAGGAGAAAGUUAUGCAGGGCAUUACAUACCACAGUUGGCUGAUGUUCUACUGGAUCAUAAUGCACAUUCAACUGGCUUUAAGUUUAACAUCAAAGGAGUUGCAAUUGGGAAUCCUCUCCUCAGACUUGAUCGGGAUGUUCCAGCAACGUAUGAAUUCUUUUGGUCACAUGGGAUGAUUUCUGAUGAAACUGGCCUAACCAUCAUGAAUGAAUGUGAUUUUGAUGACUAUGUCUUUGAGAAUCCACAUAAUGUAUCCCAGUCGUGCAGCCAGGCCAUAGCUGAAGCAAAUGGCAUUGUUGGUGAUUAUAUAAACAGUUAUGAUGUUCUCCUAGAUGUUUGUUAUCCAUCGAUUGUAGAACAAGAGUUGCGAUUGCGGAAGAUGGCCACUAAGAUAAGUCUUGGGGUUGAUGUGUGUAUGACCUAUGAAAGGCGUUUCUACCUUAACCUCCCUGAGGUUCAGAUGGCACUUCAUGCGAAUCGCACUAAAUUACCUUAUCCUUGGAGUAUGUGCAGUGGUCAAAUAAAGUACAGUGAUACUGAUGGCAACAUCGACAUCCUUCCCAUUCUCAAAAAGAUUAUCCAAAAUGGUAUUCCUGUCUGGGUGUUCAGUGGGGAUCAAGAUUCUGUCGUGCCACUGCUUGGCUCAAGAACACUUGUGCGUGAACUAGCUCAUGAUUUGAACUUCAAGAUUACCGUCCCUUAUGGAGCUUGGUUUCACAAGCACCAGGUGGGAGGUUGGGUGACAGAGUAUGGAAAUUUAUUGACCUUUGCCACCGUGAGGGGCGCUGCGCAUAUGGUACCAUAUGCACAACCGUCAAGAGCCUUGCAUCUGUUUAGUUCAUUUGUCCGGAGCCUGAGACUGCCUAAUAACACACGUCCAUCGGUUAACGAAUGAGAAGUUUCAAGUUUCACGAUUUGGGUAAUCUGAAAAAGCUAAUACAAUCAUUGAUUGUGUGAGGAAAUAAGGUGUCAUCAGAAGCAAAAAAUGGGUAUGGGAUUUGUAGUUGCAUUGCAGCAGCCAGCAGAGAUAGGAAGGAGAAUUUGAUGUAGGAGUUUUUCUUCAUUGAAUUGGUGACAAUUCUCUUCAUCUCAUUGAUUAUCUUGAUAGAGUGAAUAUAUUGUUCGUUUGGAUGGUGGGAAAAUCUAAUUUUUGAUUUGAAUUCAAGUGCAUCUCAAUGGAUUAAUUGAA